UCUUGAUCUCUUCUCUCUCUCCCUCUCUCUUACUCUUGCCUCUUGCUCUCUCUCUCUCGCCACCAUGGCAAACCUCGGCCCCAACGGGCUGCAGGUACAACGCACCUCUUCCGACCUGGGCUCCAGCCCGCCAACCUCACCACCCUCUAUCAACGCUGCUCUCCAGCACGUUCCAGCACGCUCAUCGCCGCUCACCGGCCUUCCUCGACCAGAGCAUAGACGCGUCUCCAGCGGCUACCUCCAACCUCCGCUGGCAUCAAGGGUGCAGUCGCGCCCCCGCACCCUCGGGCGUGCACAACAGCUGCGCUCCGAGGUAGACGGCGUCGUCAAGCGGCGGGCAGGCUCUGUCCUGGGGCGCGGGUUCAUCCUCAAGACCGACCACUACCCAACCGGACGCGCGCUUGAUCUUGACAUCAACAUCCAGGGCGCACCCAACUUCCGUGCCCCACACGAGGAGGGGCUGAACGUGUUCGGCGUCGCACAGCCCACCGUUCCCGGCCUCAAGUCUAUCCUCACCAUUCUUCAAUGCCAGCCGCCCCGCACAACCCCCACCUCGAGCCGAGCUGGCACACCGUUGGGGAGACGCCGGAGCUCCGCCACCCCUUGUGAGCAGGGCCACACGAUAUGGUUCUCGACACGUGAAGAGACACUCGUGUACAUCUCGGGACGGCCAUACGUCCUCCGCGACGCUGCGACGCCGCUCCAGACCCUCGCCCUCUCGGACCGCGACGAUAACCUCGAGGACAUUGAGCGACGUCUCAAGAUUGACAUUCUGGAGGAAUCGAAGCGCUACGGUGGUCUUAUUCUCUGCCAUGACGAGGUGCACGGCGGGGAGCUCGUGCCGUCGUGGGUCGCCGUCGACGAACGCAGCAUAAAGACACCGCGCGAGAUCUACGAUGACAUCCGCAGCCAGGGCUGGAAAGUAGACUACUGGCGCAUUCCCGUUGGGCCAGACCGUCCUAUCGAGGACAACUACCUCGAUGCCUAUGUAUCGCGCCUCAAGGAUGUCGACCCUUUGACCACCUCGCUCGUGUUUAACUGUGGCAUGGGCGUUGUGCGGACGACAUUCGCGAUGUGCGCGGCCUUGCUUGUCCGACGCGCUCAAUAUCUGCGCCGCGGGCUCGAUGACCCCUUCCCUCUGUCGACGGGAUCGGGUUUCUCCACUCCUGCCUCAGUGCCCGGGACAGCCACACCACUCUCAAUGAACUCCCUUGCACCGGCAACCCCGCAUGCCGCCCAGGUCCUGCAGCAGGUGUCGCAGCAGCAGUACCUCAACACCAGCCUGCUCAAGGUCACACGCAUGCUCGACGAGAACCUUCCUUCUCGCCGCUCCACUGCGGCCAUUGACUUGCUCUCCACUCACCCCAGGCUGCUCGAGUCUCUCCGCAGCGCGCACAUGGGCAACUACCAGAUUGUCCUGUCCCUCCUGUCCAGCCUCGACCACGGCCGCGAGCUGAAGCGCCUGGUUGACUUGAUUAUCGAUGACUGCGACUCGGUCGUCAACCUCCGCGAGAAUGUCAUCGAGUACCGUAUCAAGUACAGUGUGGCAUCGCGCGACGACCCAAAUGGUUCUUGGUACCUUGACAAGGCCGUUCGCUCGCUCGAGCAGUACUUUGACCUCAUCGUGUUUGCAGCAUAUACUGAGAGCGACCAGGGCAUGCUCAGCGGCGUACCGUUCUCGGCGUGGCUUAAGAGCCGUCCGGAGAUCUGGAACCAGAUCAAAGUUCUCCGUCGGCGCUGGGGCGACCGGCUCUUUGCGUUUGCGCCAGCCAACGACCUCAGUGUCGUAUCGAGAUCUCUCGACCUUGGCGACAGGCGGAUUGUUCGCAAAGGUCACACCGACGUCGAAGGCGGGAAGGUCCUCGGUGACGAAUGGGCUGAGCACGUCGUCAAGAACCGCAGCGGCAUCAUGCUGCGUGCAUCAACCCUUCUCAAGCGCGACUUGUGGGUUGCCGACACUGCUGCCACCACCGAAGGUGUGCGCGGAGCCAUCGGAUUCCGCCAGGUCGCGAACGAAAGUGUCUACACAACAGGACAGCCGACGCGGGAGGCGAUCACGACCAUUCUUGGCAUCGUCAAGCAGCGCUCCACUGGCAUCUCGAAGGUCGUGUGGAUCUGUCUCCGCGAGGAGCCUUUGGUGAUGAUCAACGGUGCGCCGUACUGUCUGCGAAGGGACACAACUGCCCUCCGCAACAUGCGUGACUACCACGGCGUUUCUGCUGCUCGCCUUGAGGUGUUGGAGGAGCGACUCAAGAGUGACGUCGAGGCUGAGCUGAACACAUUUGGUGGCACUCUACUGCUGCACUCGGAGGCCGCGGAUGGCAAGGUCGUGCCGUUGUGGGAGAAUGUCAACCCCGAGGACGUGGACUCUAUCCGCCAAGUUAUGGACGACGUGGCUCUCCGCGAGAUGGAUGUCAACCUUGUCUUCGAGCGUAUUCCCAUUACUUCGGAGUCGUCGCCAGACUUCCACGACAUCACCUCCCUGCUCGAGAUUUGCACCCGCAUUGACCUGGACCAGACUGCCAUUAUUCUUAAUGACCAGCUUGGUCGCGGGCGCAGCUCAAACACGGCUGCAGUCAUCCUCCUAAUCCAGCGCUGGAUUAAGCGCAGCCAGGACUCGCACGCGCCCUCGACACCUGCAUCGCGCCGAAACGCGUCACGCAACCGCCUUGCUCUCCAGCCCUCGUCAAAGACAAGCUGGCAGAUCAUCAACAGCGUCCUACGUGUGGUUCGCAAUGGUCUCGAGGUCAAGCGUAUCGUCGACGAUGCAAUCGAUCGCACCUCUGCAACCUUUAACCUCCGCGACGCGAUCGAGGACUGCCGAAACCAGGCAGAGGAGGCCAAGGCCCCGGAGGACCGCACGCGCGCUAUCGAAAGAGGUAUGCACUGCCUUCUGCGAUACUUCCACCUCAUCGUCUUCCAGGCGUACCUGGACGACACUGAUCGCGACGACGAGAACAAGUACACCUUUGAGUCGUUCGUCAAGCACCGUCCGGUGUUUAAGACUCUGCAAAACGAGCUGCUCGCCGGUGGACUCAAGAGCCUGACGCCGCUGGAGCGCACAGAACCUGUGGAGGGUAUGGCUCUCGAAGACGAGGUGUCACACGUUGUGGCGAAUCGCACAGGCGCUAUUCUUUCCGCCCAGACUAUCCUCAAGUCCGACUUCUUCACAGGUUUGCAGAAGCAAAGUCUCCCAGAGCGAGUCGACGGCGCGGCAAACUACCGCAAGGUCCCACUACUCCUCGAUCCCAAGCUCAACGUUCAGGCCGGCGACAAGGAGGAGUAUGUGUACGGCACUGGUAUGCCGAGCUCCAUCGGCUUGCGCAAUGCUCUGCACAAGAUGGGCGCUGGACCUGACGGCAAGCGCAAGGUCGUCUGGACGUCUCUGCGCGAGGAACCAGUCCUCUACGUCAAUGGACGGCCGCAUGUCUUACGUUUGGUGGACAAGCCGCUCACCAAUGUCGAAACCACGGGUGUCACUGCCAGCGUUGUGGAGCGUAUGGAGCUGCAGCUCAAGGCCGAUGUCAUCAAGGAGAUUCGCGAGGGUACCGGCAAGCUUCUGCUUCACGACGAAGUGGAGACCAAGCCGGGCAUGUACGAGGUCGUGCCGGUAUGGGAGACGGUUGAAGAGGAGAACGUCAUGACGCCGCUUGAGCUGUACCAGCAGGUGUUGGACGAGGGCUACCACGUCAACUACCUGCGUAUCGCGAUCACGGACGAGCAGGCGCCUCUUCCCGCUGCUUUGCAGGUCAUUGUCACCCGCGUGAUGAUGGGCGUCCGCGAGGGCGACGACUUUGUUUUCAACUGCCAAAUGGGCCGCGGGCGGACCACGACAGGCAUGAUUGCUGCGUCGCUUAUCGCGACCAUCGCGCGCGAGGACACAUCGGACGAAGUGUACCAGAGCGACGAAGAGACUGAGGAUGAAGACGACGACGUUGACCUGGAUGAGGCAGCGCAGUAUCUCAACGGCGAGUACAAGACCAUCCUGCAGCUAGUCACGGUGCUCCGCAACGGCAAAGAGGCCAAGCACCUGACUGACCGCGCGAUUAACGCUAUGGAUGGCGUGCAAAACCUGCGCAAGGCGGUGUAUGACUUCAAAUUGAAGAUUGCGGCGGCCGAGCCUGGUACACCGAAGUACAACACCCUGCUGCACCAGGGCGUAAACUACCUGUACAGAUACGGCGCCCUCAUUGUGCUCACCAACUUCCUGCUCGAGUGCAAGGAACAGGGUGUGGAGUUUGACCAGGCCAACUUCCCCGAGUGGCUGCAGAAGCACCGCGAGAUCCGUAAUGUGCUCAGCCGCAAGAAGCUCGACUAG